GAAUUACAUAUUAUUUUCCAGAAUUUGCCAACCACCCGCCACUCUCUCCGUCCCGGCCGCCGACCUCCGCAUAGUUUCCUCUUUGGACACUAUUUAUCCUCCUCUAUGGAUGACGACAAUUCGAACGCGUUGCGGAGAAUGUCGACCCGUACUCGUAAAGUGGCUCCUAAAAUGGCUGCAGCACUCGGCAGUUCUGAUAAUCGAACCCAGGCAGCUUUGGCCCGUCUCGAAGCUUUGGAGAAUGAUAACGCUGGGAUCGAAACAGUUGAAAUGAACGAUGAUGAUGAAGCUUCUCUUGAUGAAGAUGAUCAAGUGUACAUGCAAAAGAGAUCCAAGGGCACGAAACGGAAAACACGACAGGCAAAAGCACUUGAAAAUGCUAGGAAGACUCCCAGAUCAUUUCUUGAGCUUUUACAUGAGGCAAACUUGGAAUCCUUGCCUCCUCAUGUUCCAUCCUAUCUGAGGGCAGCAGUUGGACCUCCAAGCUCUACCUCCCGCAGGCAUUUUUGCAGUGUUUGCGGUUUUAGUGCAAGAUAUACGUGUGUGACUUGUGGUAUGCGCUUUUGUUCGUGCCGGUGCCAAAAUAUACACAACGAUACUCGAUGCUGAAAUUUGUUGCAUGAGCGAUGAAUCUUAAGAAAUUUAGGGUUUCUAUGGUACUGUUUCUUGGUAGGGUUUAUAAAGGGCAAUAGAGAAACAAGAGGA